GGUGCCACACAUUUACCGUGUAUGGGUUGUCUUCGGUUGAAAUAAAUUAAACGGGAUUAUUCCUGCCAGCAUUUGCCGAUCUCGCGUAGGGGUCGUACUGGGAAAGCAAAAAGGUACGACUGUGAUACGUGCGAGUGUCGCCGUGAGUGUAGGUUAGGUGCUACAAAGGCAACUUCGAGGUGAGUGCAGAUAGUCGUUGUUACUGCUGACUACAAGAAACAACGAGAUGAAAGCUGCUUUCACUUUGUUUGCGUUGCUAGCACGAGUUUCGUUCUUCCGCUAUUUUCAGUUGGUUCAAUUUGCGAACUGUGCCGCAAUAGUGCUGUUUGUAACAAACGGAAGUGAUAUCACAAUCAAUCUAACAGCCGAAAAUAGCCAAAACCGGCUGGUGAAUGUGAUUACCAAUUCCGGAAACAACAAUCCAUCAAUUUUCGAUUGGAUCGGAGGCAACGGAGCAAACAAGGCACCACGCGUUUCCAUUGGUUCGGUGAAUCAGCCUGCCGCGGACGAAAACCCCCAAUCGAAUUCAAUAACUGAUGCACUGCGGACUACUGGCGAUGCUGCCCUACAGGGUAUAAUGGAAGCCGAUAGUUCAAAUAGCGCCGAGCUGGAUAGUGCAGAAAUAAUCGACGUUGUUAGUAGUACGACCGAAAAGUUGAACGGAAGUAGCAUGCAGUCACCUUUUGAUGGCACCACGGAGCAGUAUAUGCCGUGGAAAAGAAAAUACGUCACGGUAGAAAUGAAGCGAUCAGAUUUUUCCUCGGACUAAGUUUAAAUUUAGUAAUCGAAGUGAUGAAAGUGUUCAUUUGCAGGUAUUUGUGCAUUGCUUUAAGAUCUGGAAACGCGUAUUGAAGCGCCUUUUUUUUAAUAAAUUUGAAGAUAUCUGUUUUACUAAAAAUCUAGCAAGUAUAUGAAAGGGGUCAAGUGCGAAAAGAAAUCUAUCCUAUCCUAUUCUUUUUCGAUUUUUUUUAACAAAUCAAAAAUAGUAUGCCUUUAUUACAUUAUGCACAAGUUGAGUCUUCGCGAACGUAUAAUUGAUUUCAGGGUUGCUGAUGUGUUUUUUAUUAAAAAAUCUUAAUAAAUUGAAUAAGAUUAAUCCUUCCUACUAAUUCGUUAAUUUUGCUUCUAAUUUUCGUUUAUUUUACUUCUAGAAAUGUGUGUUUCUUUUGAGGUGAACAAGUAUUAGAGCUAAAUGCUGAAUCGAAAAUAAGCGACGCAAGUUUUCAGUAAGUGGAUCAGUGCUUUCGUUAAUUUUUAUUGUAUUGUACUGUAAUAAUAUUUUUAUUGUUUUGUAACUGCGAGAAUAGUUUUUAGAAUGUCUGUUUCAAAUUUCUUUCUUCACAAGAUACGAAUAACACUUUGUGGUUCUCUACCGUUAGGUGCAUACAAAAAAAAAAAAAACAUAUCAGAUAUCUCAGUUAUGAAUAACACCACAAAAUUACAGAUUUAUCGAUUUAACAGCUUUAAAGUUUUCGAGCAAACAACGAUAGCGCAAUUGAAAAAAAUAAUCGCGAGAGUGGAGAUCUACAGUACAGCUAAGAAACAAUUUUUCCGUCAGCUCGAUUCUGUCCUACAGCACGUUUUACCUCUUAAGAACCCCAAAACAAAGCAAUUUCAGAAAAAAUGACUUGAUAUAUUUUUUUGUUGUCAUUUUUGAUUUGAUUAAAACUUAUCACAGAUGUUCUUAUACCUCUUAUUACCCUGAAGUCGACGGCCUGUAUCGGGUUUCCUACCAAAUACGGUUUUUGAUGUCCAUUCCUUCGGCAUUCUAGCUACAUUUCAAGCCGUCUGAAGCUUGCCGUGUUUAUUCGCUUACUAUAUUAACCGAUUUGUAAGUCUGGUGUGCGCCAAACCCCAUUUUCCAGACUGUCGCGAAAGAUUGAACGCAAGAUUCUACGCUUGAAAAUACCAAAAGUUCGCUGAUCA